AUGAAGGCCCACAUUCAUUUUCAGUCUUUCUUUAACUGGACAGUGGGAAUCCAACUAUUCCUGUGGACACUCCUUUUGCCUUAUACAACUGCCUUUCCUUUUGAAAUCCCCCCUGACCUUGCAGAAUAUGCCCUGAAAGCCAAUGAUUCCGGCAUCCCGCACAGGCAUCUCUCUAAGAGGGCCUUGGACUACCCCGGAGUAACAUUCUCUUCAACAUGUGACGACGCUCAACAAAGAUAUAUCAAGGAGGAACUUGAUGAAAUCAAGCUUGUGUUGGUCCAGGCACAGCAACAACUCAGGAUAAUACGAAACGUCAUUAGGGAGAAAGAGCAGCCUCAAGAUUGGGGAACUCGUUAUUCUGAAAAUAGGAGACUUUUAAACACGUUCCAAAAGUUUAUAGGGUGGAUCAAAUUCAAUCCUGCUACGACAGCACGGACCGAACAACAAUUGAGUUCAUGGACGACGAUAGCGCAACGGAUGACGCUGUUAUCCUGUGUGUAUAAGGACACGCGGCCCGAGGGUGAGGCAUCCACGGGAUUGCGAGUAUCGGCUACUGCGAAACUAUGCCAUGAAAAUGAAGGUGUCCACGGAUGGACUCUCAAGAACGAUGUCACAUUAAAGGACGAGAUAACUAUCUGUCCAAGUACAUUCAAAAGAACUAAUACAGCGAACAAGCUUUCUCAAUACGCUAAUGAGAUGUCCGCUCUGAAUGGCAAGACCUUGGAUGACAUGAAAUUUACAGCUGCUGCCGGUACACUUCUUCAUGAACUCACUCAUUGUGAACAUAUCCUCGGGGGGGAUAAGACAGGUGAUCAGGUCGCAACUCUGCAGGGAAAAACCAGGGCGGCGUACCAGGCAUACAACAUUGCAGCACUUGCGUGGACCCGCCCGGAGCUUGCUGUCAG